AUGGUGCCAGCAAGAUGUUGCCCGAUUCAGCUUGGAGGACGCGUAUCCGCGCCCAACGGCAGCUUCCUGUCUUGGUGGCAGGAGGAGGAGGAGGAGAAGGAGGGAGGAGGUGUGAAGCACCGCUCCCCGCGCGCCGUCCUGCCCACGCCGCUCUGCGACGGCCGGCCACGGCCGGCCGGCGCCCCCGCUGCCUCCGCGUGUCUGGCCCGUGCCGCCGCGGCCGCCGCCCUCGGCGCCCUCGGUGCCUUCUUCGGCCCGUCUGCCCACGAGCCACCCGCGUCGUGGUCCGCUCUGCUCUUGGCAUCGCUCGGACGUGUGCACUUCUCCUUCGGCGAGGACCGUCGAAGAGCG